AUGGUUCGAAUAGCAACAACACAACAAGGUAUACUUGAUAAAGCAGUCUUAGAAGAAAAAUUACAACAUUUUUCGAAAUUAAACAAACGUAUUAUCUGUUCAUUGAAUGCUGCUAGUAAUAUAAGUGGUAUUUUAACUGAUGUUGAAGCUAUAUCAACACUUGUUCAUGAACAUUCGGGUUUUGUUCUUUGGGAUUAUGCAACAGCUGCACCCUAUGUUAAAAUUGAUAUGAAUUCAUCACCAACAGCAUAUAAAGAUGCAAUAUUUAUUUCCACACAUAAAUUUGUUGGUGGACCGGGCACACCUGGUUUAUUAAUUGCAAAAAAGAAUUUAUUUAGUUUAAAAGCUCCGAAAUCAUGUGGUGGUGGUACAGUUAAUUUUGUAACACGUACAUGUCAUGAAUAUAAUCAUAAUAUUGAAAUUCGUGAAGAAGGUGGUACACCAGAUAUAGUUGGUUGUAUACGUGCUGGACUUGUUUUUCAAUUAAAAGAUUCGAUUGAUAUGAACUAUUUACUUUCACGUGAAGAUGAACUUUGUAAACGCUUUUAUCGACGUUUUAAAAAAAAUGACACAUUAAUACUACUUGGUUCACAAACAGCUCCACGUUUACCAAUAUUUUCAUUUCUUAUAUAUGUACCAGGUGUAUGCAAAUAUUUACAUCAUAAUUUUGUUUGUCUCUUAUUAAAUGAUCUAUUUGGUAUACAAGUUCGAUCAGGUUGUGCAUGUGCUGGACCUUAUGCACUUGAUUUAUUAAAUAUUGAUGAUGUUAAAACAGAUAUUUAUUGCAAGUUUAUGACAGAAGAUGCUUGGUAAAUAACUUUUUUUAGUUUUU